UGGGUUUUGGGAUCUUUCUAACUUGAGUCUUCGCUGCGGCUGCGGGACUCGCUGGACCUUUUUUAUUUUCACACUGUAGAUUUUCCACUGAAGACCUGUAGACCUGCUGGACCGGACCGAGUCUCUAACCAAGACACUGACACCAAGUCACUUUAUUUGAACUUUGUAGAGAGUCCCCCCGGUUUUCAGCCAGAUCCUGUUUUAUUUCCAAAUAAUCUUAGGCCACUUUUCCCCUAUUCCGGUUGGAUUUACAAAGGGCGUGUUUGUGCAACCAGUACCGGGAGUUUCAUCUCCUGUACUUGUGCGACACUGAGGAAUGACAACAACGGGAAAGGGACUCGGAUCCGCCUGAAUGCAAACAAUGGAUUAUAAGGAGCUUGGGCAUAAUUUCGAAGAGAAGCUGACACUAUCAGACAAAUCUCUGCCCCUGCAGACAGAGUCUCAGUCCAUCCAGAACGGGGACAAGUCUUUGGGGAAGGACCUUCUGACUCCAGACGACUCGGCCAUCACAGACCUCUCGCCUAAAACAGACUCCAGCCCCAAAGUGGAGACCCCCACCACCAAGACAGAUGACUCCUCCAAGGCAGAUGUCAGGCCAUUCACCCCAGGCACCAGCAGCAGCCCUCAGCCCAAGAAAGAUUCAAUGAGCUCAGAGCAACGACAGAAACUUGCCAAGGAGCGGAGGGAGGAGAGGGCCAGAUACAUUGAACAACAAACUCAGCUGCAAGCGGCGAAGAAGACUCAGUGGCUGGAGAAGGAAGAGAAAGCCCGACGCCUGAGGGAGAGUCAGCUGGAGGAGCGCCGGAGGAAGCUGGAGCAGCAGAGACUGAAGGCCGAGAAACGUCGAGCUCUGCUGGAGGAGAAACAGAGACAGAAACUAGAAAAGAACAAAGAGAGAUAUGAAGCGGCUAUCAAGAGGUCGACAAAGAAGACGUGGGCUGAGAUUCGCCAGCAGAGGUGGUCCUGGGCGGGCGGGCUCAACCAGACCUCCCGCAGAGAAAGCAGAUGCUCGGCCUCCACGGUCAACUUGCCGAGACAGGCAGACCCUGUCAUUAACAACAGGCUGUCCAAGUCCUCUGCCACGCUCUGGAACUCCCCCAGCAGAACCCGCAGUCUGCGCCUGAGCCCAUGGGAGAGCCGGAUCGUGGAGAGGCUCAUGACCCCGACGUUGUCCUUUCUGGCCCGCAGUCGUAGCGCCGCCACUCUCCUCAACAACACUGACUCUCACUCUCACCACUGCUCCCGUUCAGCCUCUGCCAGCCUGCUGAAUGCCUGCUCCCAUCACCACCCACACCAGAACGCUGCUGAGCGCUGGAGGGUCUCCUCCGCCAGCACACCGGACAUCACCCAGCACCAGCGCCGACGACACUCCACCCCGUUGGAUAAAAAGAAGAAAGAAAAGAAAGACAAGGAGAGGGAGAAUGAAAAAGAGAAGAAUGCUCUCACAAGUGAGAAAGUACAGAAGAAGAAGCAGGCGACAUCACCCACCACCACGAUCCAGAGGUCCAGGCCAGAGACCAGCACUCUGAAGCCCAAAAACAGACCUCCAUCACCUGCCGCUCCCAGAAGUCGGCCCUUGUCCCCCUUGGUGCCUGUAGCAAAGGCGGCAUCCUCCAAGACCCCGACAGGCAAGAAGACACCUCCUCCUGGCACCAAAACUCGACCCAAACGGGCCCAGACGCCUGCCAGAGUACAGCCCCAGACGGUCACUGCGAUCGCUGUGGAAACAAGCCACGAACCCCAGCAACCUGACAUGCAAGAGGAGAAAAACUCCAGUAAUGUUCCUGCCAUCAUGGUGUCCUCAGCACCGGUUACACCUCCUUCCUUCAGCUCACCCUGUGUGUCAGCAGCUUCUCCAGAUGUGCCGAGUGUAGAGCUGGCUGCCAUGGCUACUUCUCCUGCAGCAACCUCCAUCAGUAAUCUUGCCCCUUCUGCUGCAGCUGCCAGUGCCUCCACCUCAGCUGCACCGGCCAGCAAGCCGUCAGCAGGCACCAACGACCCAGAGGAGGCUGCUCGCGUCCUAGCGGAGAAACGCAGACAAGCCCGAGAGCAACGCGAGAAGGAGGAGCAGGAGCGUGUGGAGCAGGAGCACAAGAACAGGAUCCUACGGGAGGAGGCGAUGGCCCGGGAGGCCGAGGAGAGGAAGCGCAGAGAGGAGGAAGCUCGAUUCAUGGCCGAGCAGCAGCAUCUGAGAGACGAAGCCCAGCGAGCUCAAGAGGAGAAGGAGGCGCAGCAGAGAGCCAAAGCCGAGCAGGAGGAGAACGAGAGGCUGCAGAGACAGAGGGAGGAGGCUGAAGCCAAAGCCCGUGAGGAGGCCGAGCGUCAGCGCCUGGAGAGGGAGAAACACUUCCAGAAAGAAGAACAGGAGCGGCUGGAGCGGAGGAAGCGCCUCGAGGAGAUCAUGAAGAGGACUCGGAAGAGUGAUGCAGGAGAUAAGAAGGAUGUCAAGGCCUCUCCACAGGUCAACGGAAAGGACACAGAGCUCAGUAAAGCCCCCAGUGCACCAGCCCUCAGCCCAUCACAGGGUGUGUCAGGUCCUGCUGUAAAUGGUGUCCAGUUGACGACUCAUCAAAACGGUGUCUCAGUCAAUGGAGACGCAGCUGACUUUGAGGAGAUCAUCCAGCUGAACAGCAGUAACCCUGGUCAACAACAGAGUGGGCUGGUCGGCGAGCCGAUCCUGGCUUUCGAGGGUGGAGAGCCCUUCCUGAUGAAAACAGGCCCUAUGAAGUCUCAGCAUGUUGCAGCAGAGGUCCUGUGAGUCCCCACACGUCCGUGGAGACCCCUUAUGUCUCUGCUUGAGCUAUGAGAUUCAUGCCCCACCACAGCGGCUUAUGAAAACAGUGUGCCAAACAAAGAAAAUGAACUGCGCUGAAUUCACCUUUACAGUAUCUGGACAAAGAGGAGGAGGUGAACGCUGCCUGAAAAAAUAAAUACUCAUUGAAAUAUCUUUUUUAAAAAUGCAACCAGUAUUCUCUGUCUUCACCGCGUGUUAUGGUGCAGCAUUUGUUUUAUUGAAAUGUCACAUGCAGAUUUUAUGGUGCAUCUUAAAGAUGACUGACUGUGUAACAGAUUUUAGAAAAUUCAGUAUAAAACCUUGGAAAUAGAUAAUAUUUGACAAUGGUUGUUAUUAUUACCGUCAUUAUAAUAUUGUUAUUAAGUUGAGCAAUGUGCGUGUGUGUUUGUAGUUUUUGUCUUGAAUUACUGAGUUAUUUAACAUGGGGAGCAUUGUACGGACUGGCCACAGACAGUGGAUGUAAAUGUAUGAUGAGCCUGGCUGCCUAGGCCUCCUGUUACAGGGGAUCUGUGAAAUAAAGCUUUAAGGAUG